AUGCCUAGCAAUAUCGAUGAUGAUUUAAGUGCCAUUGUGAUUGAUAAUGGAUCAGGUAUGGUGAAAGCUGGCUUUGCUGGUGAAGAUGCACCACGAGCCGUAUUUCCAGCUGUAGUCGGUCGACCACAUUAUACUGUUAUUAUGCCCGGUAUGGGAAAUAAAGAUUCCUACAUUGGAGACGAAGCUCUAGCAAAGAAAGGUGUAUUAACAAUACGAUAUCCAAUUGAACAUGGGAUUGUAACAAAUUGGGAUGAUAUGGAGAAAAUCUGGCAUCAUACAUUCUACAAUGAACUACGUGUGGCACCAGAAGAACAUCCAGUGUUACUCACCGAAGCACCAUUGAAUCCAAAAGCGAAUCGCGAAAAAAUGACACAGAUUCUUUUCGAACAAUUCAAUACACCUGGUAACAAUUCUUCUUUUUUAUUAGAACAGAUUUUCUAA